CUAAUUUCCCUUCAAGUGAGUCAUUGUUGUGUCGUGUGUUAUUUCAGGCUGACGAAGAGCAAAGACGCAGAGAAGAAUUUCUGAUAGAGAAAUACCCUUUCAGAAGGAACGCCUUCUUGCUUAUCAAUAAAAUGGUGGAGCUGAUGAGCCAAGCUCCAGGUGAUGUCACAGCUUUAGUGGAUGAGAUUCUUCACAGCAUCUUCUUUUUGGGAAAAAUCCACAAUCCACCAUUUUCUCCAGAAAGUAUUCUGAAUGACGACCAGAUGUUGAAUGAAUUGGAGGACCUCUUCCCUCGGCCUUUUGACCUCUGUUCCUCUCAGCUACCAAUGCGGAGUCCGUUUUCAUGUGUGCUAGACAUGGUUAUCCACCUGACUGGACGAGAGAACGAAUUCGAAAUCAUAGAUGGCCUGCGCGCGCUCAUCAGUGAGCUGGACCUCAGUGAGGAUCUGGUCUCCUCCACCAUCUGUGUCUCUCACAGAACCGAUAUUAAUGGUCCAGUCAAGUACUAUGGAGUCUCCAUGUCCGCUCCUGGCCGUCUUCCUAGGAAAAUCAUGAUUGCUGCGUCCUGUAUUGGCACCUGGGACAGGUAUGUAGCCGGUGCAGUGAUGACCUACUUUCCCUCAAAGAAGAAAGACUUUGAUGGAACUAUCCAACUUCCAAAGCGUGUCAGGUGCCAGGCGUUUAACCUCCGGAAGAAGGAAGAAAAGCCUCCUUGUGGAUCAUGUGGCAAUUUGUUUGGUUUGACACCAUGUGAAAAGAAGGAGUGGGUAUAUGGCAAUUGUGCCGAAGUUGAAAGUUUGAGCAACUUGUUUAAAUAUGUGGAUGACGUCAAAGUGAGAGCGCGACCAGCAUCUAGGAUGUACUCGGAUGGGGUAAUGCUUCUGCUUGAAAGGCAUGUGAAGAAAGAGCUCACUAACUGGCUUAAUCAUCGGGAAUUUACGUGGAGCAAUACUUUCUACACCCCUCAAUGUCUCUGAUCUUAAAAGGAGACAUGAUUGAAUAGCCUAUUAAAUAGUGAAGUAGGCCCACAACUCCUGUGAUCUUUUAUUAUGACGUGAACAACAAUUAUUUUUAAUGUGAUUCUUUAUCAGUAAAACGCCAAUCAUAUCCUUGUGAUCAUAUAGGCACUGAAAUUCCCACGUGGGGCCGAUCAGAACAGACGCUUCAAAAACGCUCCCUGACAACAGCUGAUCAGCCUGUGGAGAGG